CAAUGCAUUACAACUGUGGGUUUAGUUGAUAAACCCCACUGUUAAUAAAUAUAAGUUAUUCACUAAACAGCUAACGGGAUAUUAUCAAGGUCAUUGAACUAUUAGGCUAAAACAUCUGAAUUGGAAAAAUUCUACAAGUGUUUUGCUCCAUCGUUUUGGCCUAAAAUGUUCAACUCCUAAUGCAUUACCCACAGUUUACAGACGAAUUUACAAACCCAAGGCAGAGCUUUGUGAUGGACCGAAGAUGCUAUGAGCAACCGGAACUAGAAGGUAGAGAAUCUUUUCGGAGGAACAUUUAUAUUGUCGGACCUAGAGUCUCUCAGAAUCGGAAGUGCCUAGCGGGCGUCCUAGACCAAGAUGGCGGCGCUUACAGGUGAGCAGGUCACUAUUUAUUUGUCAAUAUCAAGGACUCGGGAGGUUUUACAACCGUGCAGUGUUUCUCUGUUUCCCAUAUUGUGGAAGAGGCUUCUUUCUGAUUAUAUAAACUGCUUGAUGUAUAAUACGCUAAGGGUGUAACAUUGUUUGUAUUUAUAAAAUAUGGGAAUCAACAUUAUCUGUCCAGGCGUAUUUUCGUACGAGUUGAUGUCGUUUUAUUAUUUUAGUUAACUUGCUUUCUUAUAUUCAGCCCUUUUUAAGUGUAGUUUGCCCGAUAUAAAUAUAUAUAUAUAUAUAUAUAUAUAUAUAUAUAUAUCUCUAUUUGUUUACACACACUCACCUAUCCAGGGUGCACUCACAGGACUUUCAACAGUGAUUUAAUAGUAAAACAAAAUUACAUCCGUAACAUUGAUCGUUUCGACCCUAAAUAUAUAAUUUUAUUUAUUUUUUGCAUUCUGUACAGGAAAAGGCAAAGUGGCAUGGUAUACAAACUAGCAUGUGCAAACAAAUACAAAGCUGCAAUAUUCUUUUUUUUUUUUUUUUUUGACAAUCUUUAUUUUCAAGUUUUAUCAUUUUUUCAAGGAAAGAUGUAGUAACGGUAUAACGUCAAUUUUAACAUCGGUUUUCUGAAUAGCUUAACAACAUUCGUCACCAUUGUUUUAACAUUCUCAAAACAGUUUUCUCAAACAAUAUUUCUAUAGUUUCCAUCACAUGCAUUAGGUAGAAUUAUUUAAGGUCAGGUUUCUAGUCUCGUAUCCCCACUAGCCUACAAUGCGCAGUUUGUUGCACCUAUGGUGUGCGCUCUACGUGUAGGGCGUGAAUCGGUGUCUAGUCUGGGUGCUGUGGGGGGUAAGUUUUCUGACACGCUACAUUUCUCAUUUCACGUUUCAUACCAACCGUGUCAGGAACCUUUUUGUCGCUUGACAUGUAUAUAUAUAUUGUUGGGCAUGGUAUAGGGCCACGCUAGCGAGAAAAGGUAUCUUUAGUGCCUUAACUCCUCCCCAGACUACUCAGCACUUAUUAACAUUCAAGGCCAUCUUGUCGCCUGGGUGAGAGCAAAGUGUGAUGGUUUAGGUUAAGUUCCCCACUAUUGUGGGUUGGCAGUUGCUGGUGUAUAUAUUUGUAUGCCUAUCGGUAUAGUUUGUCAUAUGGGAGGAUACUCUAGGUAUCAGUCUAGGAGGCCAGGAGGGGAUAUUUUCAUGCCGGUAUCAGCUCUAGGUUGGGUCUCGGUUUCCUGUGUGUUUUACACCUGUGAUUACAGUGGGUGUGCGUAUUGAUAAGCCCCAUUUACGAGCUCGUCAGAGUCGGUCGUUGGGGUUCUGUCCAAUGUCCAGUCUCGGGAAAGGGUCAGGAGGUAGGGGACCUUGGAGGGAGGGGUAGCCGGGUGGCUUAGCUCUGUAUGAGUCGGUCAACUGCGGGCCUCUGGGGGGCCGUGUUUGGGUUUGCUAAUCUGUUGGCUAGGUAUGUUUCCCAAGGGUACCAGGUCAGUGCACAUUGCUCCUGUCUACUGUGUAGGUCUGCAGUUAAGGACUCCAUUGAGUGGAUUUCUUCCACCCUUGUCACCCAUUGCUGGAGGGUAGGCGCCCCCCUCUGUUUCCACAUCACUGGGAUAAGGGCCUUUGCCGCGUUGAGUAGUGGCAGCAAGAGGGAUUUCUUAUAUGUCUUAACGGGUGUGGGGGUGUGGUGUAAUAGCAUCGUUAGGGGUUCUAGGGUUAGCUCUGCACCUGUGAUUUUGUUUAUCUCUACCCUGAUCCUCUCCCAAAAUGUGGUAAUCUCGGGGCACUGCCACCAGAUGUGAAAGUACGUGCCGGUGUGCAAGCCGCAUCUCCAGCAGGUGUCCGGGGCACCUACGUUCAUGCGAUUGAGUACGUCAGGGGUUCUGUACCAGCGUGUUAAAAUUUUGUAGUUCAGCUCCUGGUACUUGGAGCUGAUAGAGCAUUUGUGUGUGAGAGUGUAAAUCUUGUCCCAGUCUUGCACAGUAAGGACUUCCCCCGAGUCCCUCUCCCAAUGAUCUUUAAAUUUGAGCACCACAUCUUCGUUAGUUUGGGUCUUGAGUAUGGUAUGUAUAGUGGAGAUACCUCUGUGUACGUGUGUUCGGUGUACGCACAGGUGUUCAAAGCUGGUGAGGGGUCUAGUCAGGUGUCCUCGACCAUGUAAGGACAUGAAGAAUGUCUUAACUUGGUGGUAUCUGAAUUGUUCGAGUAUCGUCGGUGGUCUAUCUGGGCAGAGGUUUCCGAGUGGUUUAAGUCCCUGAGUGUUGAGCCAUUGGUGCAGGUACAUCCAGUCUGCCUGCUGGAGGCCGGCUAGGUCUUGUGGGGUUAGAGCAUCGGCCAGGUCUGGGUUAUGUGUGAUGGGUGUCAAGGGGCUAGGAGAACUUGUGAGUUGCAGUCGGUAGCGUAUAGCUAUCCACACUCGGAGCGUUGCGUCAAUUAGUGGGUUCUCGGUGUGCAGGUCAGUGUAUGUGGCUGUAUGUAGCCAAAGCCUAGAGGGUAUUUUUCUAUCGGUUUGUUCUAGCUCAAUGGUCACCCAUUGUUUUAAUGGGUGUUGUGCGUGCCAGUCCGUCAGUCUGUGCAGGUGAGCGGCGCGGUAAUAUGUCUCUAUGGAGGGCAGUCCCGUGCCCCCCAUCAGUUUUGGUAGUUCCAGGGUUGAUUUUUUUAUUCGGGUUGGGCGAGAGUUCCAGACGAAUCUGCGGAUGGCAGUCGUCAUAGAGCUAAAAAAGGCUCUGGGGAGAGUAAUUGGCACUGUUUGGAAUAGGUAAAGUAUCCUGGGUAACACGUUCAUUUUAAUCGCAUUGAUACGUCCAAACCAGGAGAUGUAAUAUGGGGUCCAUUUCUUAAGGUCCGUCUGAAGUGAGAGUAGGAGGGGGAGAUAGUUAUGGUGGUAUAAUUGGGACGGGUCUUUGGUCAGCCAUAUGCCCAAAUAUUUUAAUUUAGUUUCGCACCAUUUAAACUUGUAUUGGGUGUGAAGGUGUGUUGGGGGGCCUGUAGGGGGUGGGAGGUGGAGAGCCUCGGACUUAUCCGUAUUAAGUUUAAGAUUAGAGAGUGCCCCAAACUCUCGGAAAGAUGCUAGGAGGUUGGGCAGCGAGAUCAACGGCUGUGUAAGAAAGAACAGCAUAUCGUCUGCAUAUGCGGCUACCCGGUAUUCGUGACGACCAAGGUCAAAUCCAGAGAUUCCCCCAUUCCGUCUGACCGCCCCCAGAAAUGGUUCCAGGGAGAGGGCAAACAGGAGGGGGGAGAGCGGGCAUCCCUGGCGGGUGCCAUUCCUGAUAGGGAAAGGGGCUGAAAGUGCCCCGUUAAUGCGGAUCCUCGCAGUGGGGCACGUGUACAGUGAGAGCACCCAGGCCAGCAUGUUGGGGCCGAAUCCCAUGUGUGUAAGGGUACUCCUCAGAUACGCCCAGCUCACCCUGUCAAAAGCCUUUUCGGCAUCGGUGGAAAGUAGUAGAAGUUCUCUACGGCGCGCUCGUGCUAUGUGUAGGAUGUUCAAGGCCUUAAUCGUGUUGUCUCUCCCUUCCCUACCCGGGAUAAACCCCACUUGAUCCGAAUGUACCAAGUGGGGGAGGUGUUUUGCGACUCUCAGGGCAAUGGCUUUUGCGAAUAGUUUCAGGUCUGCGUUUAGUAGCGAUAUGGGGCGGUAGCUCGCGCAAUUCGUCGGGUCCUUGCCCUCUUUUGGUAUUACAGUAACUAUGGCUGCUAACGUGUCUGGGGGAAAGCGCCCCCCCUCCAGUAUGGAGUUGAGGCCCAGUAAGAGAUUUGGUAAUAAGAUGUCCCUGAACGUACGUAAGUACAUCAGGGGCAGUCCGUCAGGUCCAGGGGCCUUAUGGGAUUUGGAGAUUUUUAGGGCUGCCGCCAGCUCCUCCAUGGUGAGGGGUUGGUCUAGGUCGUCCCGCAUUUCCGCGGUCAGCUUGUUAUCUAUAUUUUGUUCCAGGAAUUCAGUAAUUUGGCGGGUCUGUCGUGCGCGGGCAGCGUCAGUGUUAGGUUGGGGGAUAUUGUAUAGGUCCGUGUAGUAGUCUACGAACGCACGCUGAAUUCCAUCCGGCAUUCGGGUUUCAGCUUUGUCACUGGGCUUAAUUUUGUGUAUGUGGCUCGCCAUCCGACGGUCACGGAGCUGGCGGGCUAGCAGUCUGCCACUUUUGUCCGAGUGCUCAAAAAAGAACCGGGCCGAUUUUCUAAGGGUGCGUAGGAGACCCUGAGCUAAUAUGUCCCUUCUCUGUCUCCAGAGCGCUGUUAGAUGGAGGAACAUGUCUUCGUCCUGACUUUGUUUAUGAGCUUGCUCUAGGUUGGCUAUUUGAGUGUUUAAUGUUAUCAGCUUUCGUGUAUGUUCUUUCUUCCGUUGUGUACAGACCUUAAUAUAGUGUCCCCGUACUACACACUUAUGUGCUUCCCAUACCGUCAAGGGCGAGACAUCGGGGGUUGUGUUAGUGUCGAAGUAUUGUGUUAGAGUUUGCCUAACCGGGUCAGUGUCACCCAGGUUAAGCAGCAUAUUCUCAUUUAGCUUCCAGUGCCUUUCCGCUGGUUUGUGUAGUGGGGAUUGGAUCUGGGCUGAGACCGGGGCAUGAUCGGACUCCACAAUCAGGCCUAUGCUAGCCUUGCGGAGUAGUGUCAGGGCUUCCUGUGCCAUAAAGAUAUAGUCAAUCCGACUGUAUCUCUGGUGUACAGCUGAGAAAUAGGAAUAGUCCCUGCCAUCAGGAUGCGCCGCCCUCCAGCAAUCCACUAGUCCACUCCUUGUCAGAGCUCUCCCGACUGCGCGUAUGCAAUGACCUGGUAUUGAGCUUUCUCCCCUUGAGGUGUCUAAUCUGGCAUCUAACGGAGUGUUAAGAUCUCCUACCAUAAUUAGUAAGCCCUCUCUGAACUUGUUGAGCAAAGUGAGUGUUUUAUUUAGGAAGACAUGUUGGUUACGGUUCGGUGUAUAGAGGCAUGCGAAUGUGUAGGGAUGUUGUGCUAUGGUUCCUUUAAUGAAUAAGUAUCUACCGCCUGGAUCUAUUCGUUGCUCUGUGCAUACGAACGGGACAGUAUAUGAAAAGAGGAUCGCCACCCCCGCUUUUUUUUGGUCGGCAUGGUUGGAGUAAUAACCUGUGGGGAACCUUCUGUUUUUCAGGGUGGGGGCCUCCACUCCUUUAAGAUGCGUUUCCUGCAAAAACGCCACCGAGAUGCGUUCCGCCCAAAGAGUACUGAGUAGCUGAGACCGCUUCUCGGGUACGUUUAGACCUCUAACGUUGUUCGACCACAGGUUAAGCGGUGCCGGCACAUAGUUAGUGCCCAUCCCUAGCUGUGCGUGGGAAGGGGUAUGGGUGAGUCAGAGUAUCGCGGGGUAAGGUUCGGGGGGGGGGGGGAAGUAGGGUAGUCCAGUCAAAGUCAGGGCAGGUUAGUGGGUCGGGGUCUAGGUGACUACGACUCGCCUCGGGGUCAGUCGCUUCCCAGUGUCUAUUCCCUUCGGGGUAUGUCCCCAGAGUAGCCCCCGAGGGUUUGUACAGUGUGAGUCUGUCACGUGAGGUACGUGGGUCGUCCGUUCUUGGGUGAACCGUCGUCUGGAUCGCGCUGCUCUCACGGCACCCAGCCCACUGUAUUUGUUUAAUUGGAAUUUUCCCCUGUGGGUAUGGUGAAGUAGUACGAGGGUACCCCCUCCCAUUAUCCCUUUUCCUCUCUGUUCUUGAGGGUCUGAGUAUUGCGUGUCUAGUCGGUAAUCGGGCCCUGUAGUUACCUAACGGGUCCGGCCUCCCAGGGUGUACCCGCCCCGGCCUAGCCCCCUUGGCUUCGUGGGUUCAGGCGUGUUACCCGCCCCCUUGUGUAGGUGUGUGCCCCCCUAAGAGUGGUAUAAAGCAUGUGAACUUAUUCAAUAACAAUAACAAAUACAACUGUAAAGACCAGACCACCGCCUCUGGCGUUCCCCGUUCCCCCCUCCCAAGGAACCAUACCCCCCUCCUCUGCUCCCAAUUCCAGCUGGGGGAAGUGGAGUUCUCUCCUGCCUGUUGGCUUGCUAGUCCCUCCUGGGGAUGGGCGGAGCUUGGGUCUCGGGGCCCUCUGGGUCAUCAUGGGACUGUCCAGACUUUAUCCUGGGGUGCCAUUCAAAUAGUUGGAGUCCGCCAAUGCCUCCCCUCUACCCCAACCACCUAAAAAGGGGGGAUUCUAUGGGCCAGAGCCCGAGUCUGUAUAAAUCUGGGGGGGAUCCCCUCCGUGUCAUCAUCGUCCCCGGGUGGUACCCGAUCCCCAUAAAUCCCGCCACCCCAAGAAAUAUGUGGCCCUCCAUAGUCUCAAGUCCCUGCCACUCUGACUUGUGCGUAACUGCUACGGGCCCAGGGUAGGGGUGUAAGUACAUACCCAGCGUUGUGUCAGCUUCUGCUUACGGAGGUUGUUUCUUCGCAUCAACCUUGGGGGAGCGGUCCGGUGGUCCGUCUCACUGCGGCGUGGUUUCUGGGGUUGAAUGGGGGUGUGAAAACUGGGGUAUUCCUCCGUCGGUGGGUGCGCCGGUCGCUGCCCCCUGGGGCUCUUGAAUCUGCUAUUCUUCAUGGCUAUCCGGGCCACCUCUGCGGAACCCAGUUCCUGUAAGGCCCGUACCCGGCCUGAUAUUUGGAGCGUUUGGGCGUUGCGGCUGUCUCUCCAGGACCCAAUUUGGGACUGCCACCGCUGGGAGGUUCGCGGCUCGGAGGAAGCGUGGCACAUCAGCUGGCCAGCGUAUGAUAUGCCAUAUGUUGCUCACCUUUGCCUGUAAGCUAAAGGGGAAACCCCAUUUGUAUUGUAUCCGCCGUUCUCUAAGCAGGGUGGUUAGCGGUCUCAGUGCCCUUCUCGCUUCCAGGGUGAGUACUGAGAGAUCCUGAUAUAGGGAAAUCUGGGCGUCCAUGUAGGUGAGGUUCUGUUGGUUUCUUGCUUCCCUCAUGAUCUCGUCCUUUAACGAGUAGGAGAGCAGGUAGCAGAUUACGUCUCUAGGCGGUCCCUCAGCGGACACGGGGCGCAGGGCUCUGUGUGCACGUUCUAUUCCAAAGUCUGCAGGGGCCCUGUCCCCUAGUAUGUGUGUGAACAGACCCAGCAGGAGCUCUGGUAGUGCUUCCCCAGCUGUUUCAGGGAGUCCCCUGACGCGAAUGUUGUUCCUCCGUCCGCGGUUGUCCAAAUCUUCCAGAUUCCUUCUUAACUCCAGCAGGACAUUGCCUUGUCUAGUAGUGGCUGUGUCUGUGGCUUGGCGGUGUUGUAUUAUUUGGGCACGUUCUGCCUCUAGUUCCUCCACCCUGCGUUCCAGUGCUGUCAGGUCUCUCCUCACCUCCAUGACCUCCUCUCUGAUUACUGCCCUAAUUUCAGCCAGCAGGUCGGUCUUAUCUGCCUUGGACAUCAUGUUUGCAGAUAUUGUGGCCAGGUCUGCUGCAAUUUGGGUCAGUGACUCCUCUCUGGCUGGGCCUGUUGCUGGGCUGUCUGAGCUGCUGGCGUCUGGUGAGGGAGGCGCCAUUUUGGCCGCGGCCUGGUGCGCCCGCAUGUCUCGCGGCGUUCCGAGGUACCCGUCCAUGGGACCCGCUAUGCGGCUCGGUGAGCCCGUUUGUGAGGGGCCAGGGGUGAGUAGCCUCUUUGUCUUACCCAUCUCGGGUCUAUUCGUGCUCGUUUAUCGGUGCGGUAGUGAGCUGGGGCCUAGGAGCUGCAGGGAGAUGCGUCUCACUCCAUUCCCGGUCAGGCCACGCCCCCAGCUGCAAUAUUCUUGACUUAGUACAUCUUUUGUUCUAUAAGUUUGACAGGUUCAUCAGACUUGUCUAUAUAUAAUAUUGUAGGAAGUGUGUGUAUGUAUAUAUGUAUAUAUGUGUGUGUGUAUAUAUAUAUAUAUAUAUAUAUAUAUAUAUAUAUAGCGCCAAAAGAUAGUCUUUUAAAAUUCAAAUACUUUAUUUAAAUCAGGAUAAAAUCAGCGACCAACGUUUCAGUCCCCGCUCUGGACUUUCCUCAGGGUCAAAAUGACAGGACAACAAAAAAUACAUGCAUACAAUGACAAUAUAUAGCUAUGUUUGCAAUUAAGAAUAACUCACCCAGGUGCAGUGUGUCAAUCGCGGCUACCGCCGUGUAUACUUCCAGGUAUGCGCACGCAUACACCUCCUAAGCUCCGCCCCCAAACGUGCACGUGAUAGGUGCCGUAGUAAUAGCCAGUUAUGUAUAAAUGGUCUCCAAGCAACCAUAGACACCAAGGCUCAGUGUCUGUGAGGAAAGAAUAUAGAUACCAACAUGCAAGGAGAGUGAUAAAAUAAAACACAAAGAUUCUUAAGAACAUAUUUGUGAUCUACCUUAACCCCUUAAGGACCAAACUUCUGGAAUAAAAGGGAAUCAUGACAUGUCACACAUGUCAUGUGUCCUUAAGGGGUUAAUAGAUAAAUGUGAAUGUUGUGGUAUAAUACCAGUAGAGGUAUAGUAAAUAAGAGUCAUGUAACAUGACUUUAAAGAGACAAGCUAUCCAAAAAUAGCAGUAUAAAAUGUAAGUGCUAUGUUUAAAGUGAUAACGUGCAAACAAAGUGCUGUGCCAUGCAAUCAUGCAAACCCAUAUGAACAAAAUAAUGCCUCAUAGCUGUUACUAUAAAAUACAUUUAACCUACUAUAGAGUAUUCACACAUAUAAAAUAAAACAUAAAGGUACAAGCUGGCUGGGCUAAAUAAAUGAAUAAUAGGGGAUAGUCUCAUUCAGCCCUUUGGAUGCUACUGUGUCUAACUGAUAUAUCCAAAACGCUUCCUUCUGGAGCAACAUUCUACCUCUGUUACCACCCCUCUUAGGGAGGGGAACGUGGUCUAUGCCCACAAAUUUAAGGAAGGAUAAUGGAUGUCCCUUUUCCAGGAAAUGUUUAGCCACGGGCUUAUAUAUAUUUUACCAGGAAGAAUAAAUUGAGAUUUCUCUCGUUUUUAAAGUAUGUCCUCGUUUUCAUUAUAUAUACUGUCAUAAAUCAGAAAACUGCUAAUCUAAACAGCAGAAAAUCAUACAUAAACAAAAUCUUUUGAAGUGCAACAAAAAUGUAUAAAGCGCCUAAAAGUUCCGUAGCGCUGUACAAUGGGUGGACUAACAGACACUUAUUUGUAACCAGACAAGUUGGACGCACAGUAACAGAGGGAUUGAGGGCCCUGCUCAAUGAGUUUACAUGCUAGAGGGAUUGAGGUAUAGUGACACAAAAGGUAAGGAUAGGGUAGAAAAGUAGGUUGCUAGGAUAGUAUUCAUUGAGGGCUUAGUGUUUUGUUUAUAAAAAUAACAGUAGAUUACUAUUAAUUCUGGUUUCCCAGGAAAAAAAAAAAAAAAAAAUAUAUAUAUAUAUAUAUAUAUAUAUAUAUAUAUAUAUAUAUAUAUAUAUAUAUAUAUAUAUAUAUAUAUAUAAUUUCCCCUCUUCUCAUUGUUGCAUUUCCGUAGGUUUGGAAUAUGUGACUUUCUGCUUUUUAAAUUUAGAAUUUUUGUGUGUGUGUGUUAUCUCUGAUAUUAGAUUUUCACCAGUCUUUUAGGGAAUUAAAUACAAUGUAAAUUCAAAGGGCACAUGGAGAUCCUCAUGACUUUAGCCAACAGAGGAAUGACUGACAUGUCUGUCUUUACUUUGAAUUUAUUUUUUUAAAGCUAAUCACAGUUCAACAGUGUUAGAAGAAAUAUUUAUUCACUUAGUUCUGGAGUCUCAGUGCCCGCUGCUUCUCCUCUCAUAGACUGGUAAAUUACACAUAUGGCCCUACAUAAAGUGGAAUUUGGAGAUAACUUUUGUAAAGGUUUCAAGCUUAUUUUACUGUUCUGUCUGCGAGAAUUCAGAUAAAACAAGCAAUAACAACCCAGUGAGUAUAUAAAAUGAUAUGAGACAUGGCUGCCCUUAGUACCAAUGUUCGUUUUAACUAUGGGGCCUUUUCUGGUAAUUAUCGGGGGGGGGGGAACAUGAUAUUAAAGGCUGUCACUAUAUUGGAGUUAUUUGUGUGCUCUUAUCUCAGACACUUUUAUAGAACACUCUUUCCCUUACUGCACAGGCAACAAACUAUUUUUGAAGACCACUAGGGACUCCACCCCCUACAUUCCAAUUUCCAAUUCCAAUUUUGGCACUAAAUCAUAAUCUCUCUCUCUGUUUACAUGAAAACCCUUUAAGUGUGAUUCUUUCCUGCCCUGUCCCCUCCUUUUUUAUUUAUUUUUUCUCUUCUCUGCAUCUAUUCUUCUUUUCUAUUUCACAUAAAUAUAGUGCAGUUUCUGGCCCUUUUCCUAUAAGCUCCAAUAAGUAGCUUUCAGCAUUGAGAACGUGUAACAGAUAUCAGUCAACAAUUUACCACAUGUUAGAUACGGUUAUGCUGAAUAUCUAAUGUGAUGUAUUGGUUACUAUUAACAUAAUUGCUUCAUAGACUAGGGAUAAACCAAAAUUAAAAUUCUGAGCCGAAACUGAAAAUUCAAGAUGCCCUUGGCCGAAAACCGAAAAUGACGUUUUUUUUCCCCAAAUUCUUUUAAAAUAGUUUUUUCUAUAAUUGUAUUAAUAUUUAGACUUUUUAUUACACCGUGAGGGAAGGGGUGACUGGUGACAGUGAGACUGUGACACAGUGAGGGAGGGGAUGACUGGUGUCAGAGUGAGUGGGUGACAGUGACUGAGGGGGGUGGUGACUGGUGAGAAUGACUGACUGACUGACUGGGGGAGGAGGUGUUAGAAAUAUCCAGGUAAUGGCUGCAAAGUGAACGUCAGCCGCACUAAAGAGUGGCAGCGAAUGGUGGGAUUCCCUGUGAUGGGUACCGGGGGUCCUCCAUUCCCCUGCCAGGGCCGCUCCCCGCCAGCAGCCUAGACUGGGGACACCGGGCACAGCCCGCUUACUGCCUGACACAUAUGGGUAGGCCACAGCCAGGCCUGGAAGCAACACAGCAGUUUCCCCACCGGGAUCUGUGUCAUGGGGGCUGUCAUUGAGGUACUGCUUGGUGGCUGCCCGUGAGGCAGUGCCACGUUGGGGGGCUGUAAUUUUCACCAUAUUUUUGGCCAAAAUGGGAUAGGCCUAUUUUCAGCCAAAAUUUCGGUUAUACAUGCAAAAAUAUCUCCAGUAUAACUGUUCACAGUAAAAGUGCAACAAAACAUUACCUUCUAGGUUAUAUGAAUUCAUGUCAGACUAUAUGAUACCUUAAUGUUUUCACUAGAAUUUGGUGCCAGAAAAUGUUUUUCUCACAAUCCUUAUUGAAUUAAUUUUACAAUGUUUAAACCAAAAUUAUAUUUGUUAGAGUAAGGAAACCUAGUAUAUGUUGUUUUUGUUUUUUAUUGCUCUAUUUUAUUUUAUUUUUUUCCCAUUUAAUUCCAACAAUUUUACUGUUUCAGCACCAUUGCUAUCGCGGCUCUGGAUUCACACUCGGUAAGCUGACUUUUUUUUUGCUUUUGUCAAGUUUUUUUUUUUUUUUUUUUCAGUUUUGCCUUUAGCCUCUUGUAAUGUCUGCCCUUCCUUUGUUUCUUAGUCCAGGCUCUUUGGCUGCACUCCAUACUCAAAUCAGGCUUCCAACACCAGAAAAUGAAAAGGUUUCAAAGUAGGUUCAAUAUUUUCAGUCAUGAACAUGGUUCUUUUUAGAAUACUUUUCCAACAAAUAUGUUUUGAAAGCUGUGGUGUGAAGUAAAACAGUAGUUUAUAGUGUUCUUGCAAGUUGUUUUUAAGCAAGGGUUGGUAGCCACAGAACAAGAGCCCCUGUUAGUAGUUUGAAAGGCAGCAUAAUGGAACUUGGCUUCUUCUGUUAUCGAUAACUAUUUGACAAAUCUUGCUACAGUAAUGUAUGACAUCAUACCUGCCACCCUGCUUCACUACAGUGUGAAACACACCAGAACAAUGUUUUACUUUAAGAAGCCCAGGCCUGUGUUGCUACCUUUUUAGACAACGGGGAUUAAGUGGCUCCCUACUGGCAAAAGUUCAAAUAUCCCUUUGCAUUCACACAGUCUUGACAUUUUGCAGAAAUAUUAUUUAUUUAUAAAAUAUAUUUUACCAGGAAAGAUACAUUUCUCUCGUUUUCAAGUAUGUCCUGGGUCCACAAAUCAUUGCAUUGUUACAAUUAGGGUACAAUAAAAUACAAAAACAAUAUUAAUACACAAUAAAUACAAAAUUUAACAUAGAACAAGCAGGAAAUAUAUAAUCAACCAUGACAGGUACAUUCUGUUUUGAGGUAUGUAGAGAGGGAUCUCUUAAAGGACUUAGGGAAGAUUUUAAAUUGUGCAAGAGGUUGUUCCACAAUUGCGGUGCUCUGUAGGAGAAGGAGGAUCGGGCUGCUUUCUUUUUGUAUUGAGGUAGACUAAGUAAAGUGUUGGUACUGGAUCGGAGGUUAUAGGAAGUGGGAACGGCUGAGGAAAGCAUUUUGUUCAGGUAGGGUGGGAGUUUCCCAGAAAAGCUCUUAAACACAAGGCUGGAAGGAUGAAGGGUGCGUCUGGAUUCCAGCGACAGCCAGUUUAGUUCUUUUAGCAUGUCACAAUGGUGAGUCCUGUAAUUACAUUGUAGCACAAAUGCAGAACGAGUUAUACAAUGUGUUGAGUUUAUUAAUGUGGGAUUGCGAUGCAGAUGCAUAUACUACAUCCCCAUAAUCAAUGAUUGGCAUCAGCAUUUGCAGUACAAUCUUUUCUUUUACUGUAGGGCUUAGGCAGGAUUUGUUUCUGUACAGGGCACCUAGUUUUGGAUAAAGUUUAGAUGCAAGCUUUUCUAUGUGCAGGCCAAAAGAUAGAUUGGGGUCUAACAUCAUACCCAAGUAUUUGAAAGAGUGGACUGCGGUCACUGUGCCAUUUGAAUUUGUUUUGAUGGAUAGGUGGGAAUUGUGUAAUUUAGGUACUGUUCCAAAGAUCAUUGUGACAGUUUUGUCAGUGUUCAGGAAGAGUUUGUUUUUUGCGAUCCACUUUUCUACCUCUGUAAACUGGUCUUGGAGCACAGCCUUUAAGCUGCGGUAGAUCGGAAUUGCUUGCAUAGAUUACCAUGUCAUCUGUGUACAUGUAUACAUUUGAGGAUUUGCAGACAUUAGGCAGAUCAUUUAUAAAUAAUGCAAAUAGUAGGGGGCCGAGAACACCACACGUGACUGGGAGAGGGAGGGAGUCGCUGUCAGAAAUGGACACAUAUUGCGAGCGAUCCGAUACAGUCGAUCGAAACCAGGUUAGCGAAUGAUCACUGUUUCAAAGGCCUUAGCAAAAUCAAGGAAAAUAGCUCCAGUUAGGUCUCCUUGUUCCAUGCCAGUUUGGAUGUCAUUGCAAACUUUUAAGAGGGCAGUUGUAGUGGAGUGAUUCUGGCGAAAGCCCGAUUGAUCAGAGGUAAGAUAGUUUGAUUGUUGGUAGUACUCACAUAGUUGUGUAUGGACACAUUUUUCUAAGAUUUUUGACAAUACCGGGAGCAAUGAUAUUGGGCGAUAGUUAGAAACCAAAGUAGUGUCACCACUUUUAUAGAUAGGCACUACUCUCACAGUCUUCCAAAGUUUGGGUAUGUAUCCAGACACCAAGGAUUCGUUAAUUAGAGUUGCGACGGGUUUAGCAAUUGCCGGGCACUGAACUUCAGCAGCAUUGCUGGGAUUUGAUCAGGUCCGGACUGGUUUUUCAUUUUUAGAUUAUUAGAUGUUUUUCACUGACACUAACAGGUACAGGUCUAAAAAUGAACUUGUCUAUAUUGGGACUUUGCAAAUUAAGUGGCACCUGAUCCACAUUUGUAGUUUCAGGAUGCGUGUCAUUUAUUAGCUUGGCAAUCAGGGCAGUAGAGCAUCCGACAAAAUAAUUGUUAAAGGCAUUUGCUACAUCUAAGGGAAUAUACCCCUGCAUUUAAACAAAAUUUCACUCAACCUAAAUACACUUAUUCAUUUAUACACUAACAUGCCACACAUACAAAUACACUAACAUCUAGUCACAUAUUACCCAAUAGGUCAAAAAUCCUGGGCCUGUAGCGUCACUCUGGAGUGUGCAGCAGUAUAUGCAAGGGAAAUUUGGAGUGUGACAAGUGGAGAUUUUGCGUGAGACGAAGCAACUCCAAGGGGGUUCAGUCAACUAUUAAAUGGGGCAGUGGUUGUGCCUUUGGCAGCAUGAAUAUUAAAUACCUCACUGCACCCACCAAUGCAUUGACAUUCCAUAUUACGUACAAAGCAUGAAUUAUAAAGAGCUUUUUAGGUGAAAAUGUUUGACUUGUCAGUUAAGACAAUUUUUCACUCCACUGUAUUGCAUCUCAGCUUUUACUGUUGUGCAGAGUUACAUAUAGUUACACUAUAUUUUCAGCGAUUUACUGGUCAGGCAGAAGAGCACUGCAGUCGCAACACCAAAAUCUUCUCUGCCAAGCAGCCGUGGAGAGUAUGUCAUCACUAAGCUUGAUGAUCUGGUGAACUGGGCACGCAGGGUAAGAGUUUUCAUUAUCUCAAAAAAUAUCUGAACGUUCUCUCAAACGUCUAUACAUUUCCCUAAUACUAAAUCUGGAAAAGAAUAUGAAUUUACAUUGCUGAAGCAGACAAUGUCUGGUUUCUGAAAAGAACAUUUGUACGUAUUAUUGUAUUUGUUCAUUCUACAGAGCUCUCUGUGGCCUAUGACCUUUGGCUUGGCAUGCUGUGCAGUAGAGAUGAUGCACAUGGCUGCUCCACGGUAUGAUAUGGACAGGUUUGGAGUGGUUUUUCGUGCAAGUCCAAGGCAGGCAGAUGUUAUGAUUGUGGCUGGAACUCUAACAAAUAAGAUGGCUCCUGCUCUCCGGAAGGUGAAUACAAUAUUUUUUUAUUUUAUUUUUUUGCCUUAGCUCUUGCACACACAAGGCUUACAAUUAAAGAGCUGAACACAAAUUUUAAGUUUGUACCUCUGGAAUAAAUUAUCCUUGGUAGUGUUAAUAUUAAUUUAGAUUAGUCCAGAAUAAUAGAAUGCAAGUUCUGGUGGUCAUUUUACCCUUUUAUGCCAGAAAAAAAUCUAUUGAAACCAUAUGCUUCAAAGGUAAACUGUGAACACCAUAAUGGCCAAUGCAUUUAUUGUAGUAUGACACAAGCAGCACCCAUGUCUCUGUUGACCUAUAAUUUUAUUCUGAGACUAAUUGCAAAAACCUCAGAAUAAAAUCCCACAUUCAAGCUUGCUGACAUCACAGGAGGAAACUAUCCAUUUCCAUUCCUAUCAUUUCUGUACAACUUGAACUGCAUCUAUUUAUGAUCAUUUAUUAAAUAGUAUUCUGGCUUAAAGACUCAAGUCCAUCAAGUUCAGCCUUUUAAAAUCCAUUCCUUUAUGUUGUUGAUCAAAAAAGGCCAAUAAAAACCAUAAUUCAGGUUAUUUACAAUUUGCCACAAAAAGGGAGAUUUAAAAAAAAUCCUCCAUGACUCCGUAAUGGCAAUCAUGUUUCUCCUUGAAUCAAUGACUUUUUCCCACAAAUAUUAUGUCCUUGAAUAUUCUGUUUUUGCAUGGAUGGGGUUAAUUUUAUCAAAGAGGGGGUGGGAUUUGAAAUUUUUUACCGGUAGAUCAUUGCUGAUCCAUCUCCUUGCACUUCACACAGAACGCGGAAGCACAGGGAGGCGCGUCAGAAGUCCCUGCAGCACAUGUUCUCGCUCUGACAGCCUGUCAGAGCGAUCACAGCUGCAGGGACAGCGCGAUCGGGUACUCCCGGUCUACCUCGAAUGCCGAUGCAGACCGUAGGUGUGUUAACCCUAUGAUUGCGGCGAUCUGGGGUUAACUUUAACGCAUGAUGGAACUGAUCCAUCAUCUGGCAUUAAUUGCUUUCCCGGCAUGACGUACCGGACCCAUCAUUAGUCAUUAAGGGGUUAAGUAACUGUUGAGGCACAGUCAGCUCAUGAAGGUAGAAUUAAUGGUAUGUUUUUAGCAUAUUGAGGAUGAUGGGAGUUUACAGAUUGACUGUGAAUUCUCACCUAUCUCCUGGUCCUUGGAAAAGCUAAUGCAAAAGGGUUUUUUUUUUGUUUGUUUGGUUUUUUUUUUUGUGUUUUUUUUUUUUACGUGCUGUAGAGACCACCAAUAACACCCAAUGCUCCCCUUCAUCGUUGAUCCUUUUCGUCUGCCACUUGCUUUUUUCCACUGUUGAAUUUUAUAUUGAUAGGACUUAACCUUCCAACUCCACCAUCUUAUUAAUACUUCUGUGAGUGUAGGAAUAAACCACCAACUGGACACCUGAUCACAUCUCCUCUUCUUAGCCAUUGGUAAGCAGGGGGAAAUGCUGUGUUUUAAACACUGCCUCAUCUAGACUGAAAAGUGGCUGCAGUAAGUGAUCUGUCAUGAAGGGACUGAUCAUUAACUGCAUCUGUGCAUGUCAUUUACUACAAGAAAUGUGAAAAGAGCAGGAGAGGCAGAGAAAGUAAUCAAUUAAAGAAAGUUGAGGGAUGGCUUAUUGAAAAUAUCCAUGGCAAUGGGGAGGAAAGUAGACUAAUCUCGACCUAUUGACAAAUACUGAUAAAUAUAAAGUUCCCCAUCCAAAAAAGUAGCCGCUACUACUUGAUGUGGAGUUUGGUAGGGAAAAAUAAAAAAGCGAAAUAAAGAAAAGCCAAAUGACUUAUAAGAAUUAAAAUAAUAAAUACCCUAAGCAACAGUCUCUUCAAAGAAACUCUGUACCCCUUAAACAUUUCAACUUGAUGUGGUGUUUUGUGUUAGCUUUGUUACUUUAAUAAGUGCGUAUUUCAAGAGAGAAAACUGCACUCUUGUAACGUGACAAAGUUGCACCUUCCCAGCCGCCCAUCAGACAGCUUUGAGGGUUUUCUUUCUGAUUUUUUUGUGCCUCGUCACAAAGCAGAAGGCUGUGCUUCAUUGAUUUCAAUAAGCAGUAUUGCAGACGUGGCAAUAACCGCGCAUGUGUUCUGCAUCCUAAUGCUUUCUGUUGGCCAGAAGACAUCAGCACUGUAGCUGCAGUGAGUAUCUCUUUGCCUGAUUAGAGGCGCAAUAAUCCUUUCAGUGCGAAAAGGGGGAGGUGGCAGUAAUAAAAACCAUGGGUCGUCAACCUGGUCCCUACCGCCCUACCGUUUUAUGAUUCCAGGUGGGCGGUAGCAGAAUCCUCCCUCCCUCCAUCCAGAGGGAUGAACGCUCUAUUCAUCUCUCACGCACUCAGUGGUAAGCAGGAAGUGUGAGGUUGCAGAUGCGAGUGCAUUAAAGAUAAAUAUACGUACAUUUAUUUUUAUUUUUCAACACCCUCCUUUCUAAAAAAUAUGCUGCACUUGCGCGAAAACUGGUGGGCGGUAAGGAAAUCUUUCCAUCAAGAAAGAUGCGUUAGUUGGCGGUAGGUAGAAAAAGGUUGACUACCCAUGAUCUAAACUGUUAAUACAGCACUCCAGCAUUUUAUGUUCUGUAUUUAUAGGUUGGAGUGUCCUUUUAAAUGUCCAUGUUCACAGGCUAUAACAAGCCACGUAUUUUAUUUUGAGGCUUAGCUCCGAACAGUGAAUUUUGAUAUUUAUUUGUUACUAAUUUAAUUUCUUUCCCUAAGGUUUACGAUCAAAUGCCAGAACCACGCUAUGUGGUCUCCAUGGGCAGGUAAGUUGUAGGCACAUCAGUAUGUUUUGAUUCUUGUUAGUCAUCAUGUCCCUUAACAUCUGGAACAUUGCUUGCCCAUUAUGUAAGGCUAGAUGGGCAGUUUAUACCUUACUAAACCUGUCUCUGUUAUGAAUGUCUUGUACAAUUUUCAACAAUUGAGGGCUCUGCAUUAGCAAAUCUAAAAGGAUCUUGUUAUCCUACACAUUUCUACUGUGGAUUGCCCCUCAAUAGAAGCUCCAUAUCCAAACAACCCUUUAUCAUCUGUCUCCAUCAGCCCACUUCAUCUCCUUCUUGGUUAUAAAUUAAAAAAUCUGUAUUGUAGAUUAGAAGAGGAGGAUGCAUUUAAAACAAGUUUUCUUUUCUUCGUGCAUCAGAUUUAUGUGAAUUUCAUAGACUGUCUUUUUAUAAAAUGAAAUCUACUUUUUAAUUCAUAUUUGAGGGUGCCAUUACAUUCCUAUUUGUUGAUUUUCUAGUUCAGGGAUAGGCAAUGUUCAGCACACCCGAUGUAAAAUAUGUAGCCAAUGAUACUUCGAUGGAGUGCCAAAAGUUGCCUACCCCUUCUCUAGUUACUGGCCAGGAUUUUAAUUCCUGUUUUAUACCUACUGGUUGAAAACAUUAAGCAACCACUCCGCUUAUAGCCACCCUCACUUCUCUUUUUCCUGCAGGAUAUUUCUGAAUUCAAAUGCAGUGUAAAAAUACAAAACUUUUAGUUUGUACAUUUGGAUUAAAAUUUAUAUUUAGAUUGCAACCCAAUUAAGGUACAGCUGUGUCAGCUCUUUGUGUCCCUCAUUGAAUAUGAUUUAGUUCUUUACACUAAAGUUUUUGGGUUUUUUUUAUUAAGUGCAUAUUUUUUCCCUCCCCAGCUGUGCAAAUGGUGGAGGAUAUUAUCAUUACUCGUAUUCUGUGGUCAGAGGAUGUGACAGAAUUGUGCCUGUGGAUAUAUAUGUCCCCGGUAAGUUAUGCCUAGGAUUUGAACACUAGUCGCCUAUAAGUGGCUUGUAAACAUUGUAUUACAUUGUGGUUUUUGACACCCAUUUGUAGUGCAUUAUGCUCAUGUCUUUAAAAUAUGCCUCUGCAGCAACCAGUCCACCCUAAUUCAAAACCACUGUUGACUUUCAAGUAUAAAAGAAGUCCAUAUAUGUGGAACAGACAAGUUUACUGUGAGUCCCCCACUGCCUACUCCACCGUGUUAUGUAAAACUUUUGAGUCCUAGCAAUCCUUAUGCGGCUCCAGGUUACUACAAUAUGUGGAUAACCUCUUCCUUUUUAGUCCAACUAAUAAAGACCGUUACAAUGACUCUGUGUCUCUGCAACAACACCUGGUUGAUAGUGGGCACAAAGUGACCCAAAAAAAUCUCUAGCUCUGCUUUCCCACUGUGAAAUAUUUGGGAUUUCUCCUCUCCCAAGCCUAUAAUCUGAUAUAGGCUACUGUGAAUUUGCCCUGCCCGACUACGAAGACAGCUCUGAUGUCUUUCCUCGCCAUGGUGAUCCACAUUCUGAUCACACCUCACCAGAGACUAUUCACUAAUAGUUGUGUACCUCCAGAAUUGUUUUGUGGAUUCUGGGAGUUGUGUGUUUUGUUUUUUUUGUUUGUUUUGUGUGGGUUUUUUUUUGUUUUUUGUUUUACUGCUUGGUUUAACACUAAAUCUAGGGUUAGUGCCAGCAUGCAUCAGGCACUAUAAUCAAUUGAAUCAGAUCAAAUGGUUAUAGUGCCCACAGUGUCACUUUAACCAGUUGCUAAAUCACCAAAAUUUCUGGCUAUAUUUAAAAAAAAAAAAAAAAUCGUAAAAAAUAUUUUAAAGUUCUCCCCUUGAAUAUUCUGCUUUUACAAAAAACAUGGAACAUCCAGCAGUUUUGGUAUGAACAUGAAUUUAACUUUGCUCACACCAGGGAGUCCCAGACUUGUGCCAUUUUUAGUGGCUGAUGGAUGAGCUGUGUGCAGUGCUCAAAAUGCUAUAUACAGCUCUUUAAAUAGAGAUUUAAAUCCCUGUAAGCAGCAGUGCAGUGAGAACAUGAUUAAAUCCCUGCUCACACCAGUAGACCCCAGGGUAUUAAUGGAUACCUCCCAUUUGUCAGCAGAAGCUAUUAUUCGUGGCCCCAGACUGACUGAACAAUGAGCUGAAAGUCAGUGCUGCAUUCAGAAUACUGUGGCUAAGCGCUCAACUGCAGUGAUUCUAGGGAUACAGACUGCUGAAUGUUCUCCCUGCAUGUCCCCAAGCCAAUUGUAAUCAGUGCUGGAAUUUUCCAGCUACCCAGCACCAAACACAGUGAAAUCGGCUGGGAAAGCAUCCUCCAUUCACUAUUACAGAAAUGUUUUUGCAAUACUGAAGAAAGCCAGUAGAUGGUGGAAAUAUACGAAUUUCUAACUAGGGAACCAUUCUGCUGAUAUUAGCAGAGGGUUUCCUUAGGGGUGGGCUAGUGUUAGGGAUAUGUUAGGGAUGGUGUAGGUUUAUGGUAAGGUUAGGGUAGGCAUAUGACUAGUGUAAGGGGUUUGGUUGGUAUAACAGAGGUGAUAUAGGAUUAGCAUUAAAGGAAAACUAUUUGGUCAGGAACAAUAACAACAAUUCUCCCACUAUACCCCCUUAAAUAUAGUAAAAUCUACUGGCUCUGUCUCUGAUCUGCCUCCUUGGCUGACAUAAUUCGCAAAUCACAAUGCUUUCCCAUAGCAUUAGAUUGGCUGAGAUUAUCACUUCUGAUGAUCUCCACCAAUUGGGUGUGCCAUGGGCGGAGCCAAACACUGCACUGGUCAAUCAGCGUCUCUAUGAAGUAAGUUCAGUGCCUACAUGCAGAGGGUGGGGACACUGAAUGUCAGCACUGCCCCAGGAAGCAGGCAGGCUGUAAUGUAAACACUGCCUUUUCUCUGAAAAGACAGUGUUGACUGCAAAAAGCCUGCAAGGACCGACUAAACUUACCAGAACAAUUACGUUAAGCUGUACUUGUUCUGGUGACUCUAUUGUCCCUUUCACUACCAAAAAUUUAGAUCCUAGACAUAAAAGGCAUUUAACAAUCAGGACUGAUAUGGGAUUCUACUUUAAAUUAUUUUUAUUUAGUUGCAUUGAAUAUGAAGAAAAAAUUAUCAAUUUUUUUUACAUUUAAUUCAUACUUCAUGUUAGGCAUACAUGUAGGAGAUUGAGAGAGUCUUUUCUGUCCUUUAAAAAUCAAUAUAAUAUAUAUAAUAUAGGCACUUAAAGAGAAACCCUUUAAAAUAUGGUUGAUGUUUAAACACACAGAACAAAUUGUAGAUUUUGUUUUUGCUCCAUCUUUAACAGGUUUACUGAGAGUUAUUUGUACGAAUUCGUUAUUUCUAUAUCCUUCUCAUUUACAGUGAUCCAUAUCUUAACCCUAAUUAGGGUGUUAUUCGUCUAUUCCUCAUACCAACACACACAUCUUUGCAUUUAUCUAUAUUGAGUCUCAUUUGUGAAUUGUCUGGCUAUUUCCCUAAUUAAUCCUGUUCAGACAUCUUUAAUAUUCCAGUUAUACAUCUGUUUACAUGAAGUUUUGAUUUAUUUUUUUUUGUAAGGCACAGUAUCUUCUCUGCUUCCCUUUAGGCUGCCCUCCCACCGCUGAAGCUCUUCUCUAUGGGAUCUUGCAGCUGCAGAAGAAAAUUAAGAGAGAGAAGAGAAUGCGAAUCUGGUAUAGGAAGUAACAGUUUAUUUAUAAAUACAUAUUUUUUCCUUUCUUUUUAGAUAGGUUCUCUGUUAGUGCCAGGAAGAUUACAAAUCUUGGUGUUUGUUUGGCACAUCUAGAGUAGCUGACAUCUCUUAAAAUCUGUACAUAUAAACAAAUAAAUCAGUCUACUUGUGAAUUAUUCUGCAUUUGUUUGUUUCAAAACUUUUAUUUUGGAGACUGUACCUGUGA